AUGUCAACAUCCAAAGUCAGUAUGUCAGGGAAACGGAAGAGAGGGGAAGAUGUGGCUGCUGGUGCGCCCAGCGCAAAGCCGCUCACUGCGAUUGCGGCUGCUCGACUAAAAGCGGAAGCUGCCGCCCAAGUUGUGAAUACACCUCAAGUUGCGCUGGAGCAGAUUCCUGUGCCAACGAGCCCGUUGCUUGAUGCUGCAAAAUCUGAGCACGGAGGUUCAGAUGAAGAGGAGACCCAUGCGCCCGUACAUCGGAAUAUCAAGCUUUGCAACUGGCGCAACGAACCCCAAAACAUCCUGUCAGAUACCGACACCGAACUCACCAUCAACCUGAACAAACACGCGACUAUAACACUGAUAGGCACUUUUGAUUUGACAGUUCUACGAGGCGCCGUCAACAUCAAUGGUGCUAAUAUUGGAACAGUCAGUCGUGAUGGACAGAAAAACCAGGUUCAUCGAGCGUGCGUGCCGGCCACGCACCCUAUGUCUAAGAUUCGCGGACUAGAUGGUACGAACCACAUCAGGUUCAAGACUUGCAAGAUAUCUGCCCCCCUCGCAAACGUCAGUCCACUCUUUGACGGUAUCUGGAGCGAUUCAACGGAUCGUUCGUUCCGAGUUGUAACCAACUCAGACGCGGAUACACUUUCUCGGCCAUUACGUCCUGAAGUGACACCCGAAGACUGGCUCCGCGCAAUCGAAGACUGUGCUAGCAACCCAUCUAUCACCGUAGUGACUGGAUCACCUAGCUCAGGCAAAUCAACAUUCGCUCGGCGGCUCGUAAAUCGCUCCCUUACAGGUCUAGGCAAGACCGCUCCCUCUGUACCAGCUGUAUGCUGGAUGGAUCUCGACCCGCAAAAACAAGAGCAUGUCCCCGCAGGUCAAGUCUCUCUUGCCAUAGUGAGAGAUCUGAACCUGGGCCCAAGUUUCACACACCCCUCUAUUGUACCAGGACCAAAAGAAGCGAUGAGGAAUGAGCUUAUCCGCGCACAUCCAAUUCCGGCGAAUUUCGCCAACUACGCAGACUACUAUCAGUCUUGCGUUGAGGAUCUCUUCCUGGCAUACAGAAACCUUUCCUCGCGGGAUUCCUUUCUCCCACUAGUUGUCGACAUACCCGACUUCCUCUACUCUUCACAUUUCGACCUCCUAACAAAGCUGCUGGCCAGAAUCAAACCACACAAUGUCGUACAUCUCGGGGAUACGCGGGCCAUCGACACCGAAACUGCGGCAAAGCUGCAUUUGCUUCAGACAUCAACGUCGCAAUUUCACGGCACAUUCCAUGAGAUCACCGCGCAACAGGCCCAGACGAUACCUGUAAGGUCGGAUAAUGAGUUAAGAGCUAUGCAGAUGCAAUCCUACUUCCAUCUCAAAUCGAGCAGUACAAGCUCAAGCCAGGCCCAAGUACUCAGCUGGACGCCGGAGGCGCUUUCAAGUCUAGUACCAUGGGAAUUCUGCUACGAAGAAACGCCCGAACGAGCACAGGAUCUAGUGGCUUUCGCAAUGUACUCUGAGCCAGUCGAGCCAUCUUCAAUGCUGCAUGCACUGAACGGAUCUAUCGUACACAUUAUCCAAUCCACAUCUGCUGCAGUUCCAGGCUCGCUUCCACGGACCCAGAAAUUUGGUAUUCCAUAUCUCCCCGAGUCCGCGCGCACAGGAAUGGUGGAGCCGCUGGAUCCUCGAACGACGAGACUAAUCUGCACGGCGAUGAUUCGGGGCUUCAAUCCGGAGAAGAAGAUUGUAGAAGUGCUGGUACCAAAGACACACGAGUCGCUGCUAUACAACUUGUCACCCGAGAGGACUAUCUUUGUAGGCGGAUGCUGCGACGUGCCAGAAUGGGCCUACUUGGAGGACGCAUAUGCGCAGGAAGAAGCGAGGAAAUCGACGACAGGUGUUGGUAAUCUACCCGUUUGGGUCGAGAAGGAUGACCUUGUAGAUGGUAUGGGAUACCUCAGCACUGUACGGAGGGUGAGGAAGUUCCAGACGUGA